AUGUCUGUGGACGACUACAACUUCCUGCUGGAGAAAGUAACCCCUCGCAUCCAGAAGAGGGACACACACCUCAGGAAGGCCAUCAGUCCAAGGGACAGGCUGUCUGUGACACUACGUUUUUUGGCAACGGGUGAAACCUUCAAUUCUUUAAGCUAUCAGUACAGGAUGGGGAGCACCACAAUCAGCAGAAUUGUCAUGGAAACAUGCAGAGCCCUCAUCGCCGUCUUGCGGAAAGACUACUUGAAGACACCAUCUUCUGUCUCUGAGUGGAAGGCCAUUGCCAGAGACUUCAGAGAGAAGUGGCACUUUCCUCACUGUAUGGGUGCCAUAGACGGAAAACAUGUGGUCAUCCAACCACCUCCCAAGAGUGGAAGCAUGUUCCACAACUACAGGGGCAGGUUUUCCGUCAUCCUGAUGGCAGUGGUUGAUGCCAACCUCAACUUCAUAUACGCAACCGCCGGGACACAGGGAAGAGUGGCUGAUGCUGGAGUGUUCGCCCAUUCCGAUCUAAAGGAGGCAAUGGACACCGGCAGGCUGGACUUCCCCCCUCCUGAGACCCUGCCAGGCACUGAUGUCCUCAUACCAUACAUGCUGGUUGGGGAUGAUGCCUACCCUCUGCGACCUGACCUAAUGAAGCCAUAUCCCUUCAGAAACAUGGUGCCAGAGCAGAGGAUAUUCAAUUAUAGGCUGUCCAGGGCACGGCGCGUUGUCGAAAAUGCCUUUGGGGUUCUGGCCAACCGCUUCAGGGUGUUCCUCACACCCAUUGCCCUGGUCCCAGAGAAGGUGGAGAAAAUAAUAUAUGCUUCACUGGCAUUACACAACUACCUUCGGCAGCACAGAGGCGACGCCUAUGUACCACCUGGCUAUGUCGAUUUUGAGGAUGAAAACCAUCAAUUAAUUGAAGGAGCAUGGAGACAGAAGGGGAAUCUCGAGUCUGCUUCUAUGGGCAAUGCGAGGAACCCCUCAGUUGAAGCCAAGAUGCAGCGGGACAUGCUCGCUGAGUAUUUCAUUUCAGCAGCAGGGAGUGUGCCAUGGCAAGACGACAUGGUGUGA